AUGCAACACUGGUCUAGGUGGUUGAUGAUAAACCGGAGGUCGGUUUUGAUGAUGAUGGUAAUGAUGCUCGUCUCGGCUAGGUCCUUCAAACGUCGGAUGAGCGCGGUUGGGAGGGAACGGAUGUGGCACGAUGCAUGGCUGGGUCUUGGUAAACCCGGCCGUGGAGAUCGUGUGGGAUCAGUGUCCGGUUCCCAAAGUGGAUGUUGGUGUUGUGAUUCAUCUCCAAAAAUAGAAAUAAAAGCAGUAGAGCAACAGCUCGACCAAGGACUCGAGUCGAGUUGGAACAGAGUACCGAGCUCGAUCGAGUUUAGGGUCGAGUUGAAGUAA